UCUUAUCAUCAGUCCAAAUUUCAGUGUGAGAUACUUAAAAUUCGUUACUCCCGCUGACGCUGCAAAAACCUUAUCGGCCGUCUUCAGCUGGAUUGAACUAGUUACGUUACAUACAAUUUUACUCUGUGGUGUCUACCAGCUAGUCCAGAAAUCAAUAACAUUUUGCUUGGAGUUCUAGUGUCUGUGCGGUUAACAGCUGUUUUGCUUCAAAAAGAUUAAGUGCAGUGUUGACAUUGUCGGAAAAUUGUGUUCGAAAUAUUUUAAGUAUUAUAUUGUAUUGGAUUAUUAAUAGAAAGUAGGAGUUGAGUUUUCAUGGCGACGAUACCGAAGAUCACGCAUGUUUCAUCUCGAUUAAUUCGCAUUCUUGGCUGUAAUCCGGGCCAUAUGACCCUCCAAGGAACUAAUACGUAUAUUGUGGGAACCGGUCAAAAAAGAAUACUAAUUGAUGCAAGUGACGCAAACGUACCGGACUAUAUAAGCUACCUAAAACAAGUGAUAUCACAUAAACAAAUCACAAUCAACGACAUAAUAGUUACCCACUGGCAUCACGACCAUCAAGGAGGAGUUGAUGAUGUACUGGAGGCUAUCGACAAUAAAGAUACUUGCAGAGUAUGGAAAUAUGCACGGUCAGACGUCACUGAGCCGCUAGAUUCAAAAGUGCGUCCGUUGAAAAAUGGCCAACGGUUUGAAAUUGAAGGAGCAACUCUGGAAGUAAUUCACACACCGGGACACACCACAGAUCAUGUAAUAGUUGUGCUACACGAAGAUAAUGCUGUAUUUAGUGGCGAUUGUAUUCUCGGGGAAGGAACAACUGUUUUUGAAAAUCUCUAUGACUAUAUGAAAAGUUUAAAGUUGAUUCAAACUCUUAAUCCUGUUGUUAUCUAUCCCGGGCAUGGAAAUAUUAUUAAUGACCCAAUGGUACGCAUAUCUCAGUAUAUAAACCAUCGGAACGAGCGUGAACGACAAAUUUUGGCCGUCUUUAAGCAACAUCCCAAUGAAAAGUUUACCGAGCUGGACUUGGUUAAACAAAUCUAUAAAGAUACGCCGGAAAGCUUAUGGCCAGCUGCAGCCAUGAAUGUCAACCAUCAUUUGAGUAAGCUCGUGACAGAAAAAAAGAUUAUGUCCGAUGGAGACUGCUGGAAGCUCAUGCCUUCAGCUUCAUUAUAAUGAAACUAUUGGGGCUAUAUUUCGUUCAAAUACGAGUUUGAAUAACAAUAAUAUGGGUCCCUACCUAGAUUUGUUAGCAGGAAUUGCAAUGUUGAAAGUUUUUAGUAGUGGUAAUAAAGAUUA